AUGGCUGACGAUCCCGACUACAACGCUGAGGAGGCCGCCGAGCUCAAGAAGAGAAGACAGUUCCGCAAGUUUUCCUACCGAGGAAUUGACCUUGACGCUCUACUCGACCUCAGCUCCGAGCAACUUCGCGAUGUCGUCCACGCCCGAGCCCGCCGUCGGAUCAACCGAGGUCUUAAGCGAAAGCCUAUGGGCCUGAUCAAGAAGCUGCGCAAGGCUAAGCAGGAGGCUAAGCCCAACGAGAAGCCUGACCUCGUCAAGACGCAUCUGCGAGACAUGAUCGUCGUCCCCGAGAUGAUUGGCAGCGUCAUCGGCAUCUACUCCGGCAAGGAGUUCAACCAGGUCGAAAUCCGACCUGAGAUGGUUGGCCACUACCUGGGCGAAUUCUCCAUCUCAUACAAGCCCGUCAAGCACGGUAGACCCGGUAUCGGUGCUACUCACUCUUCUCGAUUCAUCCCUCUCAAGUAG